AUGAUGUUCAAGCAAAAGCUUCGCCAAGCCAUUGAUCUUCUGUACUCUUCUGGCCCUGCUUCUGUAGAUGACUAUACUCGUCUUGUACUUCAUUGUGCUCGUGCCAGUGACUUCAUUCAAGCCAAGAGAUUGCAGUGUCACAUGGAAUCUCACCUUUUUCAACCCAAAGACUCCUUCAUCCACAACCAACUCCUCCAUUUGUAUGCCAAAUGUGGCAAGCUCUCACAUGCUCAAAACCUGUUUGAUAACAUGUCUAAGAGAGAUGUUUAUUCUUGGAAUGCCUUGCUUUCUGCUUAUGCCAAGUUGGGCUUGGUUGAGGACUUGCAUGCAGUCUUUGAUCAAAUGCCUUAUCGUGAUUCCGUUUCAUAUAACACAUUGAUUGCGUGUUUUGCAAGUAAUAGGCAUUCAAGCAAAGCAUUGAAAGUUCUAGUGAGCAUGCAGGAAGAUGGGUUUCAGCCCACACAGUACUCCUAUGUGAAUGCGUUGCAAGCAUGUUCUCAGCUCUUGGAUUUCAGGCAUGGGAAACAGAUUCAUGGGAGGGUUGUUGUUGCUGACUUUGGGAAGAAUACUUUUGUAUGGAAUGCUUUGACUGAUAUGUAUGCCAAGUGUGGUGAUGUAGAUAGAGCGCGGUGGUUGUUUGAUGGAAUGAUUCAUAAGAAUGUUGUUUCAUGGAAUCUCAUGAUCUCUGGGUAUGUGAAAAUGGGGAACCCUGAUGUGUGCAUUCAUUUGUUUAAUGAGAUGCAGUUAUCAGGUUUGAAACCUGACCAAGUUACGGUUUCAAAUGUUCUCAAUGCUUUCUUUCAAUGCGGACGUGUAGAUGAUGCGAGGAAUAUGUUUAGUGAAAUGCCCAAAAAGGAUGAGAUUUGUUGGACAACAAUGAUAGUUGGUUAUGCACAAAAUGGAAGAGAGGAGGAUGCUUUGAUGUUGUUUGCUGACAUGCUACGCGGAAAUGUUAGUCCUGACAGUUACACCAUUUCAAGUGUGGUCAGCUCCUGCGCCAAGCUAGCUUCUUUGAAUCACGGUCAAGUUGUCCACGGAAAAGUAAUUCUUAUGGGUGUUGAUGAUAACAUGCUUGUGUCGACUGCCCUUGUAGAUAUGUACUGCAAGUGUGGAGUCACUUUGGAUGCUUGGAUUAUUUUUGAAACUAUGCCUAUUCGGAAUGUGAUUACUUGGAAUGCCAUGAUUCAGGGUUAUGCACAAAAUGGACAGGUUCCGGAGGCCUUGGCCCUGUAUGAAAAAAUGCUGCAAGAAAAUUUCAAACCUGAUAAUAUUAGUUUUGUGGGUGUUUUAUCUGCAUGUGUCAAUGCUGAGAUGGUCGAAGAAGGACAGAAGUGUUUUGAUUCAAUCCGAGAACAAGGAAUGACACCCACAUUGGAUCACUAUGGAUGUAUGAUCACUCUUCUUGGUCGGUCAGGUAAAAUCGAUAAAGCAGUGGAUCUGAUCAAAAGUAUGCCUCAUGAACCAGAUUACCGGAUAUGGUCCACCUUACUAUCUGUUUGUACCAAGGGUGACAUAAAGAAUGCAGAGUUGGCAGCUAGUCAUCUCUUUGAAUUGGAUCAACAUAAUGCUGGACCUUAUAUCAUGCUUUCCAACUUGUAUGCUGCUUGUGGGAGAUGGAAAGAUGUAGCUGCUGUAAGAUCUCUCAUGAAGAACAGAAAUGCAAAGAAGUUUGCUGCGUACAGUUGGGUUGAGAUUGAGAAUGAAGUCCACAGAUUUGUUUCAGAAGAUCGCACUCAUCCAGAAGUGAAAAGAAUCUAUGGUGAAUUGAACAAAUUGAUCUCAAUAUUGCAACAAAUUGGGUAUAAUCCGGAUACUAAUGUUGUUCUACAUAAUGUGGGGGAGGAAGAAAAGUUUAGAUCCAUCUCUUACCACAGUGAGAAACUUGCUCUUGCGUUUGCUUUAAUUAGAAAGCCCAAUGGAGUUGCACCGAUACGGAUCAUAAAGAAUAUACGGGUCUGUGAUGACUGCCAUGUAUUUAUGAAGUUCGCAUCAAUUACUAUAGCACGGCCAAUCAUUAUGAGAGAUUCAAACAGGUUUCAUCAUUUCUUUGGUGGGAAGUGCUCUUGCAAGGACCUUUGGUAA